AUGGACAAACAGAAUCUAACAAUAUUGAAUGAAUUCAUUUUGACUGGGAUCACAGACCGCCCUGGGCUGCAGGCUCCACUUUUUGGGCUGUUCCUCAUCAUCUACUCAAUCUCUGUGGUGGGCAACUUGGGCAUGAUCAUCCUUACCAAGAUGGACUCCAGGCUACAAACACCCAUGUACUUUUUCCUCAGACACCUGGCUCUCACUGACCUUGGUUAUUCAACAACUGUGGGACCCAAAGUGUUAGUAAAUUUUGUAGCAGAUAAAAACACAAUUUCCUAUCAUUUUUGUGCCAUGCAGUUAGCUUUCUUUCUUGUGUUCAUUAUUAGUGAAAUUUUCAUUCUGUCAGCAAUGUCCUAUGACCGCUAUGUGGCCAUCUGUAACCCUCUGCUCUACUCAGCCAUCAUGUCACAAAAGUUAUGUCAUGUGCUGGUGGCAAUCCCCUAUCUCUACAGCACAUUUGUUUCCCUUCUGGUCACCAUCAAGAUUUUUAAUGUAUCCUUCUGUGGCUACAAUGUUGUGAGUCAUUUCUUCUGUGACAGCCUGCCAUUGUUAACUCUGCUCUGCUCAAACACACAAGAGAUUGAAUUGAUAAUUCUCAUCUUAGCAGCUUUUGAUUUGAUUUCAUCCUUUUUAAUAGUUCUUGUGUCUUACCUGCUCAUUCUUGUAGCCAUUCUCAGGAUGCAUUCUGCUGAGGGCAGACACAAGGCCUUCUCCACAUGUGGAUCUCACCUGACAGUAGUAGUAGUGUUCUAUGGCACUUUAAUUUUUAUGUAUGUACAGCCCCAGUCCAGUCAUUCAUUUGACACUGAUAAAGUGGCUUCCAUAUUUUACACACUGGUUAUCCCCAUGUUGAAUCCCUUGAUCUACAGCUUCAGAAACAAAGAUGUAAAAUAUGCCCUAUAUAAGGGUUGGAAAAAAUUAUAUAAUAUAUUUUCUUAA